UGUAGCACCGCUGGUCCCAUCUUGAUGUAAGAGCAGUGCGAGCAAAGCGAACCGUCCAUAUUACAGCUGCCUCGUAAGCACUUUACACGGUGAUGGACCCUCCUGGUGGGGGAGAUGAACGGCGGAGGCAGGCAGAGCGUCUUCGAAGGGAGGAGGCGUACUAUCACUUCAUUAAUGAACUGAGUGAAGAAGAAUACCGUCUAAUGAGAGAUGGCAACCUGCUGGGCACUCCCGGCGAGGUGACUGCUGAGGAGCUCCGCCAGCGUCUGGAUGGAGCAAAAGAACGUUUGUCAUCUCAGCCCCCUACAGAGCAGCGCUCGCAGACUUCUGAGCCUGGAGAGCAGCAGAGCAGCAGCAGUGAGGGAGAGGAGAGAAGCGCUGGAGGGAGACGAGGAGCAGGGGGCACAGAGCCUGGAGCAGAAACUUCUAAUGGUGACUCAUUACUGGAGUGGCUGAACACUUUCAGACGCACUGGUAAUGCUACUCGCAGCGGGCAGAGUGGCAAUCAAACAUGGCGUGCUGUCAGCCGGACCAACCCUAACAGUGGAGAAUUCCGUUUUAGCCUGGAGAUAAACAUCAACCAUGAUCAGCCAGAGCCAGGGGAGCAUAAUGAGACUGUGGACACUGCAGAGCCGCCAGUGACUGCCCCAAACACAUCUUCACCCUCUAUACGAACUGCUGCUUCCUUUUCCACCUCUCGCCCUUCAACCACACCAAGGCCUGCUCCAUACCCUACCCCCCGCCCAGCCAUCAGCAGGCGGGUGCAGACACGCCGUACACGCAGCAGCACUACCACACUUUCUAUGAGCCCCCCUGCACUUCCUUCACCAGUGGCUGCCUCAGCUGCUACUCAGAGGAGAGGUGGCACUUUGCACUCUUUAGCACCUCCUCUCAAUGUUCCAAACCCUCCUCCUGAUCAAACUAUAUCUUUGCAACAUCAAGCCUUGAAUGUAGAUGGAGAGCAGGGGCGGAAUGAUGCAUCUGCUUCUUUAGACUGCCCCCGGGUGUCACCCCAGUCUGCGCCACAGGCCCCAGCAGUGGGACAUGAAUCACGUGGCAGUAGGACUCGAUCGCGUGGUCGUGCACGCAGAGCUCCAUAUGGCAGUGGGCCUUCAUCUCGUGUGUCAAGGCAAAGUCGUUCCCCUUUGCACAGAAUUAGUGCUGCUAGUGCCACUCUGCCCUCGAGCAGUGAUGCCAGCAACUCUUCCAUCAGUACUGUUGAACCAGGCAGUGGCACAGCCUCUGUAUCAAUGGAGACUGAAGAGGCCAUAUCAGAACCUGCUGUUCCGACAGAGCCAGCUGUAGAGAUGGUUGAACGUGAAGGUGAAUCACAAGUAAUCGGAGCAGGAAGUUCAGCCGUGCGACGACACCCAACCAUCAUGUUGGACCUGCAGGUGAGAAGGAUUCGACCUGGUGAAAACCGUGAUCGGGACAGCAUUGCCAGCAGAACACGAUCUCGUGCCCGUGUUGCCGAAAAUACUGUGACAUUUGAAAGCGACAGUGGUGGAUUUAGACGCACCAUCUCUCGUUCUGAGCGAGCUGGGAUUCGCACCUAUGUCAGCACUAUUCGGAUUCCAUUGAGGCGUAUCAGUGAGACAGGCCUGGGGGAGCCCAACUCCACUGCCCUCCGUUCCAUCUUACGCCAGAUCAUGACUGGAUUUGGGGAGCUUAGCUCCCUAAUGGAGACAGAGGCAGAUUCUGACACUGUUGCACCUAACCACGCAGAUACCAGUGGUACAAAUAGUAACAUCAACCCGGGCAGUCGUCUGCAUACAAAUGAAAGUACACCUGGCCAAGUUGGUACAGGUGGGGUAGUUCAGGAGAGGGUGGGGCUGGUGGGAGCUGAUGAGGACCACAAUGGGCAGGCCAGACUCGGAGGAGGAGUAGUGAGCACCACAGACGGACGGGCUACCAGCAGAGACACCAAUAACCUAGUAGAGAAUGGAACUUUACCCAUCUUGCGGCUGGCGCAUUUCUUCUUACUCAAUGAUGAAGAGGAUGAUGAACAUCCUAGGGGCCUGACCAAAGAGCAGAUUGACAAUCUAUCAACACGUACCUAUGGUCAGGCCAGCCUGGAGGGGGAGAUUGGUCGAGCCUGCAGCGUCUGCAUAAACGAGUACAUCCAAGGCAACAAGCUGCGCCGCCUCCCCUGUUCCCACGAAUUCCACAUCCACUGCAUCGACCGCUGGCUCUCUGAAAAUAACACCUGCCCCAUCUGCAGGCAGCCUAUACUUUCAGUGCAUCAUGACUGACCUAUUUGCUCACAAAUACAACUACCAUGCUCCUUGCUCACUGACUGAGCAAACCCAAGUGGGCUUUGCAUGUAAAUAGCGCUUUCAUGGUUUAAUUUCUUUGAAUAUAUCCAUUGUGUUGAAGAAGGUUGAACCAAAAGUGUGGAAUAAGAAACUAUAAAUGCAGAGACUAAACAAAACUUUAUUUUUUUAGACCUUUGGUUUUCAACAACUCAUUGUUAUUUCAUUUUCUUCUUCCUGUGACCUAGUUUGCUGGUCUCUGCGAAAACGCUUCAGAGACUCAUGUCUAUAGAAGGCAUUAAAGCUUAUUAAGGAGCUCCUGUAGCCGCUGCUGAAUAGUCUCACUUUAAAUCUUUGAUGUCUGACACACGACGUCUCUCUCACAACUGGACUAUACAAAUCACUUCUAGGCUUGAUUUAUCUUCCAUUAUAGGCUGUAAAUAACUCACCACUGCUUAUAUUUAAAGGUUUUGAAGAAAGCUGCUCUUCACAUGCCAUUUAUUUAGAAUGUAAGCAGGAAGCCUUAUGUUCAUUUCAUUGUAAUUUUAGCUUCAACAUCCAUUACAAUGGUUAAGAAGUGUAUGAUUUAUUGGAUAAAAAUGAGCAAGGUCUUCAAAUCACAACAAACUGUCGCCUUGAGGCGACAGUUUGUUGUGAUUUGGCGCUAUAUAAAUAAAAUUGAAUUGAAUUGAAUUUAGAAGUUUUACUCUGGCCAUCUGGUAGUAUUUGUUUGAGCCCUUAAGUCCCAUAUAAUUGCAAUAUAGAAGUCAUUCAUUAAAGUCACCUGCUAAAACCAGCCAUUAUGAAACCAUUAACAUUAGCCAUAUGAGCAGCACAAUUUGAAUGAAAUGCAGAAUGUGAUAAUCAGGAAUUCAGACUUGUCCGUAUGAGUUGUGCAAUAGAGGGAAAAGACAGUAUUGUUUGUUUUUGCUGUUCAUUGUUGUUUACAUUGUAAUGCCUGAUUAUCAUCUCCACUUAAGCAAAGCAUUCUUAUCUAUGAAAUCAAUGUUUGAGCUCAGUUCCUGUUGCUGUUUUUAGGCUCACACCUAACGGGACCUUUGGCAUGAGGUUGCAUAGUUAGCCUGUCACAUGGAAUAUAAAAAAGGAAAUACAUUUUCAGUUUUUGCAGUUCUCCAGGUAACUCAAAGUCCUUACUUAAUGAGAUGGGUUUUGUUUGUUUUGUUUUUUUUUGCAUUAGUUCUGAUGCUGAAAUUCUCCAAUAAUGUUCUGCUAAUGAGAACCCCCCCCCCCCCUCCCUCCACGAUUGGGUCUGUGCAAUGGUUGCUACCUGUUUAAGUUCCAGUACCAGUGCACACAUGUGAAUAAGGCUGUGUUAGUAAUGUAUUUCUCUAUGCUCUUUAUCAUUUGUUUUUACAUAACAUGGACAAAUGUUGCAUUUCUAGUGUACGACAGGUGGGAUAUUUAGCUGAACCACACCAGUCAGCAUGUUCCCACCAGAGUCACUUUGUACAUCAGUGAUUACACAGGAGCUAAUCUGUCUCUGCGGUUAACGCAUCACUAACAAAACUGCAGGAUCGGUGCGGUUUAUUCUGUAAGAAUGUGCGAGUGUGUGUGUGGUAUAAUUGUAUAUGUGUGAGGGGAAAAGUCCAGUGUACCGAUAAAACCUGGUUCUCAGAAAGCUUCUGUCUGGUGAAUGUCCACCUUGGAGAAAGUUGUGGGCAAUUCAGGAGUGACUAUUUAUUCUGUUCGUAUUUAAUAAGAUGGAAAUCAACCUUUGAAAUAUGAAAUGUGUUACAAUGUGAUGAGAGUAAAUAAAACCGCUAUGAUGAACAUGUUACUAUGUAAUAAAAAGAAGACCUUGGUUUUCUUCUCUGCUCCUUAA